ACGCUCAGUAUCAACGCAGACGCCCGAAGAAGUGGUAGUAGUUUCCAUCGUGCGCGCGCUAACCCGUGUGCAGUAAAUACUACAGACUUUGGAGUCGCGAUUUUUUGUUGAAUAUUUUUUAUUGCCCGUUCUUUCGCCUCGAAUUGUUUCUUCUUACUUUUGUUGUUACUGUUAUUAAUGUUGUUAAAAAAAAGUAUAGCUGCUGUAGAGAGGCUCGCCAAAAUACCAACUGCAACGGUCUCGAAAUUUGACGUACAGAGUGUAUAUUGGGUAUCUACCGAGAAGUUGAAAAGUGCGUGCUAGUUUGGUUCAGCACACGACCGAAACGUGGGGCUUUCGUAACAUUCAAGAGGGAUCAAGAUCCAGAAAGCGGGAACACACGAAGCAAGAUUCCAUCGCGGGCAGUCAGAGUUGGUUUUGCUUGCUGCAAACGAGUUUCUAGUUUACGCGGCCACUGCUUCCGAGUGAGAGCGACUGAAAUUUGCGACGUCAACGACGCGCAUCAUUCGCAUUUCAUUGCACACACAAAGUUGCACUCGAGAGCGCCGAAAAAGGAGUAUUUACUGCAGAACGUACACACCAAUUGCAUCGAAAGUUACUUAACUUCGACAGUUUUAGAGGGAAAAAAAUAAGCUACAGAAGAGUCGUAACAGUGUUUUUGUAUUUGCAGCAAUUUUCGAGUUAUUAGCUUGAAAACUGCGCCGAAAUAGUGUGAGAAAAAAAAAGUGUGCAACGUGAAGAAGAAUUAAGUGUUGUGCAAGUUGUACCAUCAAACAUCGUCACGCGAGCAGCGACAUAGUUUUCGGUCCUGUAGUCUGCUACGCUUGAAAGUUGUCUGUCACCGAGGGAGUCAUCGAAACACACAAAAAAAAAAGUUGGACCAUCGUUACACACGCUCAAAAAACACGUAGAUAGUGGUCCUGCUCCUGCUUUGCUACUGUGGUCGUCGUCACGAAUCGGUCCGCGGCACAAUGAGGCAGUUUAAUCUGGAGGACACGCCACUGACGAUGGCGGCAAUCGUGCGCCGUCGUGCGGAGGCAAUAAAACACAACAGUGAGUGCGAAACGGACGACCAGCGACACAAUCAAACAUUUCCACCGCUUAGUUCGGGUACGAUCGUAGCUUCGGACUCUGGUGUGUUCAUGUCGACUUCGGAUAUUGAUAGGACGCAUAGUUCCAGUACCAGUACGCAGCAUUUGAGUGCAGUGGAAGAAUACUCCACGGUGCAGGGACCGAAGCCGACUUACGUAAUCGGAGAAAAGGACGACGAGGAAGAGGUUGAGCUAGAUGCAGAGGAGGAAGAGGAAGAUGCUAUCGAGCUUGAUCAAUCCCUGGAGGGUAAGACUGAUCGGAUGCUGACCAAACGCACUUGCCAGAGCCUGCCGGAUGUGAACAGUCCUCGAGCGCCUGCUUUAACCGCCGCCGUAACUGUCUGUGAUAGUAGUAGUGAUAUAGUAGUAGCGCCUAGCAAGGACGAGAUUGAUCACCGGGCGGCAGCUAAACCCAGUGACACCGGCGGUGGUGGUGGUGUAGUAAAUAAGGCUUCUGUUCCGGCGGCCGCUGGUUCGGCUUCUCAAAAGCGACCGAAGAUCGAUGAGUCCAGCCUGCUGCAGGCGUUCAGCAUUGAUCCCAAACUUAUCAAUAGAUACGACGGGCUAGAGCAUACACUGUACUACAUUGACGAGAAUGGCAGCCCCAAGCUGCGGGACAGAUUCUCCCUCCAGCAGCAGCAGGCGGAGGAGAAAAAACGGCGGAAAAAGGAACGCAAGCUGGAGAAAAUGAGCUCCGAUGGGGAAGAAGUGGCGGCACAGUGUAUCUGCUUUAGCUUUAGUCGGAUAUCGAGGAAGUUCCGGGAAAUGUGUAAGGAUGGUUCAAAAGUGACAACGGUUGUGGCAACAGCCGGCCAGGGACCAGACAGACCACAGGAGGUAUCAUACACGGAUACGAAGGUGAUCGGCAAUGGAAGCUUCGGGGUCGUCUUCCAGGCGACGCUCUGUGAUACGGGCGAGUUAGUUGCAAUCAAAAAGGUGUUACAGGACAAAAGAUUCAAGAACCGAGAACUACAGAUAAUGCGACGGCUAGAGCACUGUAACAUUGUAAAGCUAAAAUAUUUCUUCUACUCCAGUGGUGAAAAGCGUGAAGAUUUCCCCUUGGACAUGGGCAUAUUUGCCGGUGCAUUACAGUCGCAGAAAGACGAAGUUUAUCUCAACCUGGUACUCGAAUAUAUUCCAGAAACCGUUUACAAAGUGGCUCGUUAUUAUGCUAAAAACAAGCAAACGAUACCUAUCAAUUUUAUCAGACUUUAUAUGUACCAGCUGUUCAGAAGCCUUGCUUACAUCCACUCGCUCGGCAUCUGCCAUCGUGAUAUCAAACCGCAGAAUCUGCUUCUGGACCCGGAUACGGCCGUGCUAAAGCUGUGCGAUUUUGGCAGUGCCAAACAGUUGCUACAAGGCGAACCGAAUGUUUCGUAUAUUUGCUCCCGAUACUACCGAGCACCGGAGUUGAUAUUUGGUGCCAUAAAUUAUACCACGAAAAUUGAUGUCUGGAGCGCGGGAUGCGUACUAGCCGAACUGCUUUUGGGUCAGCCCAUCUUCCCCGGUGACUCAGGUGUCGAUCAGUUGGUUGAAAUCAUCAAAGUCCUCGGCACGCCAACUCGGGAGCAGAUCAAGGAAAUGAACCCGAACUACACGGAAUUCAAGUUCCCUCAGAUCAAAAGUCAUCCAUGGCAGAAGGUUUUCCGAGCACGCACUCCUCCAGACGCGAUCGCACUGGUGUCCCGGCUGCUUGAAUACACACCGGGCACCCGAAUUUCGCCGAUCCAAGCAUGUGCACAUCCGUUCUUCAACGAACUGCGGGAGGGCAACAAGACUCUACCGAGCGGGCGCGAGUUUCCACCGCUGUUUAACUUCACCGAGCAAGAGCUAGCAAUCCAGCCGAGCUUGAACCUAAUUCUGAGGCCCCGAAAUCCAAACGAUGCGAAAGCCGGCCAAUCGUCCAGUUCCGUUGACGGGGGCAAUAGCGGUGGCAGCAGCGCCGGUGCCAACAGUACCGGCGGUGCCAGCAGCAUUAGCAGCAACAACAACGGUGGCAACGGUGGCAGCAGCAAUAGUGGCGCCCCGGUCGACAGCUCUCAGGGUGGCAGCAGCCAGGGAGCGGCCGGCGCUGGCGCACAAUCCCUCGGUGGUGGUGCGGAAGAUAUUACGUCAUCACAGUCCGUGGCCGCAGUGGACAGCAGUUCCAGUCAAGGAGCAAUGGCUCCGGCGGCCACCUCGACGAUGGGUUAGCUUUAAUUCGUACACAUAAAAUAUAAAUAUAUUUUUUAACUUUAAUUAUUAAUUUAAAGCGAGGAUAAAAAAAAAACAUAGGAGGGUACCGAAACAGCAAGAGGUGGGAAUAAAAUGCAGUAAUAAUCGUGGAAAAUUUGUUGAAUUACUAGCAAGAAAAAAACAAAACCACACAUUAAUACUAUAGAAGAAUUUAAUAUUUCAGCAGAAGUCAUGCUAAAAGCCACUAAUAGAAAAAAAACAGCACCUUGCUACCGUUGAUGCAAGGCAUAAUACCAAUUAGAGCAGUACCGAAAAUUGAUAAAAAAAACACACGAUGCAAAUAAUAUUUCAACCAAUAUUAUUCUAAUUGAAGUAAUAUCUAAAUAAAGUCACACAUGCAAAACACACACACAGACACUCACUCCCCAAUUUAGAGCGGAACAAUAUACCAAGAGUCACAAUUUCUCCAACAAGUAGAACCAACAAAUAACGAAAAGUAAAAAGUAGUUUCAAUUUGCUAGGUAUAGUUGAAGGUUUAGUUUUUCGUUCUCUUGUGACUGUCGUGCAAACAAAACAAACAAAAACAUAUACAUAUAUAUAAAUAUAUAAAAUAAACAGAGCGUUAGGUGGGAUAAAAUCGAAAAUCUUCGGUUCAUGAAGAUUUUUCCGUGUUUAUAAUUAUAACUAUUAUUUUUGUUUAUCAAGUUUUGACAGCGCCAGCAUGUAUCGUGUUGGGAUCCAGUUUGAUUUUUUUAUUUAAGCAGACAGAAAUUGAUGUGUAAUCAAACAAAAAAUAAUAACACCCGACGCCCACGGCAAAAUCGCAGUGCGUGCGAUUUUUUAGGUCGGUAUGAAUAAAAAAAAACAAACAAACAAAUGAAUGCGUGCAUUGAUUUCUUACUAAGCUGGUGAACACGAGGCGAACGUUGUAGGUUUAUCUUGUGUAGUAGUGUGGGAAAAUUGUUUAUAUUACUAUUAACGAAAAAAGAAAAAUUAGCUACUAAUUGAAACACACACACAGAUUACACAAGUACCACUAUUAUAGUAGUCUCUUGAGCAUUGUGAGAUAAGUCAGAUUGUGAAACAAAAAGUAAAGCGUAAAAUCAGCAUUAUUCAAACUUCUCUUAAAUUUUGAAAUUUGUAAAACACACACAGACAGAAGAUAGCAUGGAACGUAACGGAUAACCCAUUUUGGAGUGACUGCAAAGCAAAGGAAACGAUCAAUAAUACAUGUAAAGUUUAAAGCUACCGGAAAUUGUAGAGAAUGGGUUUACCAUCAAUCAUGUCUAAGGCUAUACGAAGUAUAAAAACACAGUAAAUGGAAAAAAUACUUAGAAGCAAGCAAGCAAGCAUAACUAAAAUAAUCAAACAAUAAAUUAUUUAAAAGGUACAGAAAAAAAAUCAAUGAAAACCCUUUUUUGUAGUAUAAAGAAAGUAUAUAUAUUAUUGCAUAAGUAAUUUAAAUUUAAAAAUAAAAAAAAACUAAAAAAAGAGAAAAAAGCAAACCGUAAUUGAUUAUCCAGAACAAAAAUGGACGCACGCUAGGUCGAAGCUAGGAAGUAAGACGUCGCUGCGUUCGAAGCAAGAAAACUAGCCGAAAGUUAUAAUUAGAGCAAAUAAAACCAGAAAAAAUAAACAAUAUCGUUGUCGCUCUUAAGAAGUACAGACGUGAAGAAAGCAAAGCAAACGCCGCAAACUGAAAACGUGGAAAUAAUAUUUAACAACACACACACACCCAUAGUAACUGCUACAAUUUUUAGCUAUUAGAUAUUUUAAUCAGCUAGAAAAAAAAGUAAAUAAAGGAAACAAAAAUGUUAAGAGAUUUCGCUGUCAUCUAUAAA